GUUUUAUUUUCACUCGUAUAUUUAUGUUGAUUGCGUGAAUAUUUUUUUUGUGGCAUAGAAUUAAUGAAGAAAGUUUCUAAUUUGUGAAUAUUAUUAUUAAAUUAAAACGUUAAUACAAUUGUAAACGCAUUAAAAACAGAAUGGCUAAUUUCUAUAAAUUAGAUAUAAAUCGUACAGAAUGGGAAAUACCAGAUACAUACCAACAAUUGCAGUCAGUGGGCAGCGGGGCCUACGGUCAAGUAUGCAAAGCCGUUGUACGUGGUACAAGUAUGAAAGUGGCCAUUAAAAAGCUAGCACGUCCUUUUCAAUCAGCCGUACAUGCCAAAAGGACUUACCGCGAAUUGAGGUUGUUGAAACAUAUGGAUCAUGAAAAUGUCAUUGGUCUUUUGGAUGUCUUUCAUCCGGGUCAGCCUGUGAACUCUUUGGAAAAUUUCCAACAAGUAUACAUGGUCACACAUCUCAUGGAUGCUGAUCUCAAUAAUAUCAUUAGGACACAAAAGUUGUCCGACGAUCAUGUACAAUUUCUGGUAUAUCAAAUAUUGAGAGGACUCAAAUACAUACACAGCGCGGGUAUAAUACAUCGCGACUUGAAGCCAUCAAAUAUUGCCGUCAAUGAGGAUUGUGAACUGAGAAUUUUAGAUUUUGGUUUGGCACGACCAGCUGAAAGCGAAAUGACUGGCUAUGUGGCCACCCGCUGGUAUAGGGCUCCGGAAAUUAUGCUGAAUUGGAUGCACUACAAUCAAACGGUGGAUAUAUGGUCUGUUGGUUGCAUUAUGGCAGAAUUAUUAACAGGACGUACUUUAUUCCCUGGCACUGACCAUAUACAUCAACUAAAUUUGAUUAUGGAGAUUUUGGGUACACCACCAGAGGAUUUUAUGCAAAAAAUCUCCUCUGAGAGUGCACGUAAUUAUAUACGUUCACUACCCGUUAUGCAAAGGCGUAACUUCCGUGAUGUUUUCCGAGGCGCCAAUCCUCAAGCUAUUGAUUUGUUAGAGAGAAUGUUGGAACUCGAUGCCGAGCAACGUAUCACCGCCGAACAGGCCUUGGCUCAUCCCUAUAUGGAUAAAUAUCAUGAUCCCACUGAUGAGCAAACAUCACCUUUGUAUGAUCAAAGUUUUGAAGACAUGGAUUUACCGGUUGACAAGUGGAAGGAAUUAGUUUUCAAAGAGGUCAUAGAUUUUAAACCUUUGCCAGCCUAUGCUGAUGUCUUAAAGCAAGCUCAAGAAUCACAACCACAACCUGCAGUAAAUUAGUUUGAAUAAUAACUUAAGUAAAUAAGUAACCUCAAAUUUUGCGUAAUGUACUUAACCUCAGUUAAAGUAACUACUAUAUAUUGCAUACAUAAUACAUAUAUAUUUUUAACAAACUUUUAUUAAUUUAAAUUAAUAUUUUACUAUAAUUAAGAAAAAAACAAAAACGAAAACAAUACUAUGCCUUAAAAUCGUUAGUCGAUUUAUUAUCUUAUUUUAUGAAUAAACAAUACAAAUACGUUCAAUUGUUGGUGGUAUAUAUUUUUAAAAUAUUCGAGAUGUGUAUUAGAUUUAUAAUCUCUUAAAAUUUCAAUUAGAAUUUAAUAAAUUUUUCAAUAAAUAAUUGAAUAAAAUUAAAAAUAAA